UUAACAACCCCCAAAAUUUUUCAUUAAAAUAAACCUCUCUAUAUUAUAAAUCAAAUCUAUUAUACAAUGUCGUCUUCUUUUCUUGAUUGUUCCACUGCUAAUGCUGUAUUGAAUGAAUAUGGUCGCCGUGAUGGUCUGUCUGUUGAAGCCUUAAUGGACGAACAACUUAGCGGCGGUUUAACCUACAAUGACUUUUUGAUUUUGCCUGGUUACAUCAAUUUCUCUGCCGACAAGGCCUCUUUGGAGUCCAAGAUCACAAAGAAAAUCUCAUUAAAGACUCCCUUCUUGUCCUCUCCAAUGGAUACCGUUACCGAAGCUGAUAUGGCUAUUUCAAUGGCACUUAUGGGAGGUAUCGGUAUUAUCCAUCACAACUGUUCUGCUGAGGCUCAAGCGAAUAUGGUUCGCACUGUCAAGAAGUUUGAAAAUGGUUUUAUUACUGAUCCUGUUGUUUUGUCGCCCGAACAUACUGUUGCUGAUGUGAAAGAAAUCAAGACGAAAUCUGGUUUCUGUGGUGUUCCCAUCACUGAGAAUGGCAAGUUACACAGCAAAUUAGUUGGUAUCGUCACUGCCCGAGAUAUCCAAUUUCACACAGAUGACAGUACUCCUCUCAAGAGCAUUAUGACCACUGACCUCGUUGUGGGUAAAGAAGGUAUCACUUUAGCCGAUGCCAAUGAGAUUCUUUUCUCCUCCAAGAAGGGUAAACUUCCUAUUGUCGACAAGAAUGGCUGUCUCGUUUCUCUAUUGUCUCGUUCAGAUCUUUUGAAGAAUCAAGAAUACCCCAAUGCCUCCAAGGUCCAAAAGUCGAAGCAGCUUCUUGUGGGUGCUGCUAUUGGUACACGUCCUGAUGAUAAAGAUCGUCUUGCUCUCUUAGUUGAAGCUGGUCUUGAUGUGGUGGUACUUGAUUCUUCUCAAGGUAACUCUGUGUACCAAAUUGAAAUGAUUCGCUGGAUUAAGCAAACUUAUCCUAAUUUGGAGGUCAUUGCUGGUAAUGUGGUCACACGUGAGCAAGCGGCUAACUUGAUUGAGGCUGGUGCGGAUGGUCUUCGUAUCGGUAUGGGCUCUGGUUCUAUUUGUAUCACACAGGAAGUCAUGGCAUGUGGUCGUCCUCAAGCUACAGCUGUCUACCGUGUUUCUGAAUUUGCUCGUCGUUUCGGUGUUCCUACUAUCGCUGACGGUGGUAUCGGUAACGUCGGCCAUAUUGUCAAGGCCAUGGCUUUGGGUGCCAGUGCUGUCAUGAUGGGCGGUCUCCUUGCGGGUACAAGUGAAACUCCCGGUGAAUACUUCUACCACGAAGGUCAGCGUCUCAAGCGUUAUCGUGGUAUGGGUUCUCUUGACGCUAUGAGUCAAAAGUCGGGUGAUAAAGAAGGCAACGCCGCUACUAAGCGUUAUUUCUCUGAAGGCGAUGCUGUCAAGGUCGCUCAAGGUGUCGUUGGCAAUGUCGUUGAUAAAGGCUCUGUUCGUAAAUUCUUGCAAUACCUUGUUACAGGUGUUCAACAUUCUCUGCAAGAUAUUGGUUAUACCAGUGUCAAGUCAAUGAGAGACGCUGUUUUCGAAGGCAAGGUGCGUUUCGAAAAGAGAACUGCUGCUGCUCAAAUGGAAGGUGGCGUUCACGGUCUCCACUCUUUCGAAAAGAAACUCUUCUCUUCUUAAAUCGUUUUUUUUUUACCAGUAUUGUUUCUCUAUUUCUUUUCUAUAUAUAAAAUCAUCUAUAUUUAUUUUGUACAUUUUUACAAAUCUCAUUGCAUUGCGAUCCUUUCAUCAUACUCUAGAAUCUCCUACUGAAUAAAACUCAUUAUCCUUUUGUAAACUGCAUAAAUUA